CUAAUGCCGAUAAUUUAAUCUGGAUGAAAAUUGAUAAAUUACUUUUAGAGCUGUCAGUGAACAAAACUAAAGAAGCAGAAGAGCAGUGUCUACAGAUCGAAGCACUAUGGGUGACUAGCACUAUUGCUCCAAUCAUGAGCAAAGAAUCAGAAGAUACUGGAGAUGAAGCUCCAAUUUUCAAGCCCAGUAAUGAGGUUACGAUCCUUCAAUCCAGAAUUAUUACCUCUGGUAAUAUUCCUAAAUCUCUAAUUGAUUCGGAUAGUGAGAAUAUGGCAUCAGCGAACAGAGCUGAAGAAGCAGGAGAGCAAGUUCAAGCGUCUUCCCCAAGGUUGUAG